GUGCCACAAAAAGAAAGUUCUACAGGCCAGGUCAGGUGUACCUCUUUUUCGUCCUUUGCACAGAUUCCACUCGAACAACAAAUCUGACACACUUCGAUUCCCGAGAAACAACUAAAUUCGCCCUGCUGAUUCUCUGACAUGGAAUCCAAGAAAUUGGCUGCUUUGAUUUCUUCUCUCAUCUCUGAUCUUCUGCUUCUCCUCCUCCUCCUCUUCCCUUCCUCCAAUUCCUUUGAUUCCAGUUCCAAUCACUUCAAUUCCAAUUGCUAUGCAAACUUUUUUCCUCUCAUUCACCAUCUUCUCUCCUCUCAAGAAACAGCUGCUUCCCUUUCAAUUCUCAAUCUUUCCAAGAAAAGAAAGAGAACCCAUUUCUCAGAACCCGAUUCUGAGUCGACCCAUGAAGAUAAAAGCCAUGGACCUUUUCACCGACUCAGUGAGUUGGCACGAGUUGUUCAAAAUCCUGACUCGUUCAGAACUUUCUUCAAAAUGAAAGCUUCCACCUUCGAAUGGCUUUCUGGUUUGCUUGAACCUUUACUAGAUUGCCGUGACCCAAUUGGGUCACCACUAAGUCUCUCUGCUGAGCUCAGGCUAGGUGUUGGUCUUUUCAGAUUAGCUACUGGGUCAAAUUACUCUGAAAUUGCUGACCGAUUUGGGGUUACUGAGUCAGCGGCUCGGUUUUGUGCUAAACAACUAUGCCGCGUGCUAUGUACAAAUUUCCGUUUCUGGGUUUCAUUUCCUUCUCCUGUUGAGCUACAAUCUGUGUCAAAUGCGUUUGAAAAGCUUAUCGGAUUGCCUAAUUGCUGUGGUGUUAUAGACUCUGCAAGAUUCAAUCUUGUUAAAAAAGCUGAUGACAAACUAGCUUCCAAUGGCAAGGAUCAAGAUGAUAUGAUUGCUGCUCAAAUUGUUGUUGAUUCAUCUUCAAGAAUUCUGAGUAUUGUGGCAGGUUUUCGUGGCGAAAAGGGUAACUCUAGGAUGCUAAAAUCAACGACUUUGUAUAAAGAUAUUGAAGGAGGAAGGGUAUUAAAUUCAAGCCCAGAGAUUGUCAAUGGGGUGGCCAUAAAUCGGUACCUAAUUGGAGGCGGAAGGUAUCCUUUACUUCCUUGGUUAAUGGUACCAUUUCUUGAUGCUUUGCCAGGAUCAUGUGAAGAGAAAUUUAACAAGGCGAAUGAUUUAAUGCGUGUUUCUUCACUUAGAGCAAUUGCUAGUUUGAAGAAUUGGGGUGUUUUGUCUAGACCAAUUCAAGAAGAGUUUAAGACUGCUGUUGCUUUGAUUGGAGCAUGCUCAAUUCUACAUAAUGCUUUACUAAUGAGAGAGGAUGAUUCUGCAUUGCUUGAUAUGGGAGGUUAUUCUUUGUAUAAUCAACAAUGUUCUCAGCAUUUUAUGGAUGCUGAAGUAGAGGAUAUUAGUAGGAUUGAUGGGAAGGCUUCUGAAAUAAGAAAUGCAUUGGCUACAAAAGUGGCAGUGUUUCAUGAAUCCUGAGAUUUUGUGUGUGCUAUUGCAUUCACAGUCAUACAAGAAGAUUGAUUUACCUACUUAUUAUGGAAGUAGAUGGAGGAUUAAUUCACCAUUUUUGAGCUAGGUAUAAAGUUGAUUGGGAUCAAUUGUUUCUUUAGACACUAACCUUGUGUAAUUGAGAUUUGUUUCUUUUUCCCUUUUUAUUCUAUGUUUGCUUAACAAUUGAUCCAGGAUAUAUCGAAUUCAACAGCUUAAGAAAUUGAUAAAGCAAAAGUCAAGUGGUUUCCCCACUAGAGAACAGUACUUCUUUUCCUUCUUCCAGUGCUAAAACAAAUUCGAUUGGCAUCAUUCUUGGAUUCUUUUGUAUGAACUCUUGGGGUGAUGAGCACUCAAGGGUAACACUGGAAUGAAUAGAAUUAUAUCUAUAUCUUAACUUUCUGAGGAUCGGAUGUAGAUGAUGUUGAUUUCUUGAUCAAGUGUAGAAAUAGUGGGUGGUAAUGACGGCUUAGGAUUUAAAGUCCUGAAAAUUGGACACAGAUGUUGAGAAACAGGUUGUCCAAGUAAUUUGCUGGCAGAUUUUGUCCAGGGCUUGCUAGUGGUUGUGUUGCUCACUUUCGUUUAUCACUUUUUUGAUAAACAAAUGGAGUUCCAUUCAAGAACUUCUGAAGCAAGUGCAGUUUACAGCAUCUUUAGUAUCUCAAUUAGCAACUCACUACAUCUAGAGGAACUCCAGAGGCAAAACUAAAUACAGCAGAACAACUGAUCGAAAAAUCAGCAUCAGGAGGAUCAGCCUGUCUACACUUGUCAGUGGCACAAGCAUAAGCAGAUAUGCAAAACUCCACAACCCCUCGUUUGCUAGCUUCAGAUGAGUCCUCAGAAUUAAGAGUCCAUACCCCUCGAGGUGCAUUUCAACUGCAAUAUAGUUCCUUGUGCUUUGUAAAAGUUAUCGCAAAGUUAUCAGGCAUUAAAUAAGUGCAAACAUUGUAGUCCCUAGAUGAUAAAUAACUUGCCAGGGCACUUUAGGAUCAGGUCCUGUCCUCCCAAUCUCUAUAACCUCUAUGAUUACCAACCAUGCUAGGAAGCCGCAUCCUGCCAUGUCGAACCUGAAAAACAGUUAUAUACCUCUUUUGUAAAAUCUCUUGUGCUGACAGAUUUUAUUAUGGCCUACGAUAUAGUUCUUUAGGUGACGUAGUCAAGAAAGAAACAAGCUGGUAGUGGUAAGGCACAAAGCAAUUAAAGAGGAAAUAUCAAAAGACCAGACGAGAAGUACAGGAUGCUGAUAGAUUUAUUAUAUCAAAGAAUGACUUGUUUAGCAGGAAAAUGCAGCCUCAACUCUGUCAGCUCUGACAAAAUGGAAAAAGAAACUAUGUAGUCUAUGCUCUGUCUGGUGGUACCAUGCUCAAGAAACCUGAUUCCCAAGCUCUUUGAGUUUUUCUUUUUUAAGCCCAUGUAAGCAAAAGAUUGCCUGAAGUGUGGAUUGAAGGUUUAAUCCUAUUCUAGAACUUUAAUUGUGCUCCAAAA